AUGUCCCGGCCUUUUAAAAACCGGCUCUGGAAGCAGAGCGUCUCCAGGGUGCUCCAGCAAAAACUGAAGGAGGAACGGGAGGCUAAGCGUGCCCAGCUGGAUGGCCGACAUGACUAUGUUCUCAGCAUAGUGGCGUCCUGUCUGGGCCUGGAGAAAGCUGACGUAGAGGAUGCCAUUCUGGAAGGCACUCAGAUUGAUAGAAUGGAACAUUUCUUUGCUGCUGGAGGACUUCCGCAUAUCAUGUUUUACUACCAGGAGGCUGAGCCAGCAGAAGCAGUGUAUUGUGUCUUGACCCCAACAGCGGCUGCCUCCCUUAGCCGGAGCAAAAAACCCAAAGUGUUUGUGACAGAGGGCCGGGACGUUGCUCUGAACGGAGUAUGUGUAUUUUUCACAAGAGCCAAUGUCUCCAAAGCUGUUACCUCAGAGAACAUACAUAGGGAUGUUAACUUUAACAUGCUGGACACGACGGAGGUGGGCCUGCUGAAGAGUGUGGAGCAGCUGUUGUCUGAGAUAUUCAUCCCCACCCUGAAGAACAUGCACCAUGGCUGGGGGGAACUGGCCAGUCCCCAGGCCCUUGCGAUCCGGCAGGAUUUCCUCAGUUCUCUGGAAGGCUUUGUUGCUGUGCUUGGGGGUGCUCAGGAGAGCCUCAUGGAGAAGGUGACCCUAAAGGAAUGUGACAUGUACGACUUGAAAACCCUCAAAGGACCAUCAGAUUAUGUGGCAGUAACCAAUAGCACAGAGGCGUUGGAGAAGAUAGAAGCCUGCAUGAAAGUGUGGAUCAAGCAGAUUGAGCAGGUGCUAGCAGAAAGUGACCAGCUGAGAAAGGAGGCAGAUGACCUGGGACCGCGGGCCGAGCUUGACCACUGGAAGAAACGGAUGUCCCGCUUCAACUAUCUGCUGGACCAGCUGAAGAGCCCAGAUGUGAAGGCCGUACUGGGUGUCCUCAUGGUGGCCAAGUCCAAACUCAUUAAGUCCUGGCGAGAGCUGGACAUCAGGAUUACAGAUUCGGCCAACGAAGCUAAGGACAACGUGAAGUACCUCUACACUCUGGAGAAGUUCUGUGACCCACUAUACAAUAGUGACCCUGUCUCCAUGGUAGAGGCCAUCCCUGGACUCAUUAAUGCCAUCCGAAUGAUUCACAGCAUCUCCCGCUACUACAACACCUCAGAGAAGAUCACAUCCCUGUUUGUGAAAGUUACAAACCAGAUGAUUACGGCAUGCAAGGCCUAUAUCACAAACAACGGCACUGCUACGAUAUGGGAUCAGCUACAGGAUGUUGUUGCAGAAAAACUUAAGGCUGCUAUCAACUUAAACAAGGAAUACCAAAACUGCUUCCACAAAACCAAGCAGAAGCUGGAGCAAAAUCCUUCUGAGAGACAGUUUGACUUCAGUGAAAUGUACAUAUUUGGGAAGUUUGAUACCUUUGAACGUCGGCUCAACAAGAUCCUCAGCAUGUUCAGCACCAUCAACACUUACUCAGCCUUGCAGGACUCCCAGAUCGAGGGCCUUGAGACCUUGGCAACCAAGUUUCAGGGUAUUGUGUUAACUAUGAAGAGGAAACAGUACAGUUUCCUGGACCAAAGGAGAAUGGACUUUGAUCAGGACUAUGAGGAGUUCUGCAGAAACACUAAGGAGCUUCAUAAUCAGUUGAAGACCUUCAUGGAAAACACAUUUGAUAAAAUUCAGAAUACGGAAAGAGCUUUGUGUGUUCUGAAGAAAUUUGAAAGACUUGGCAUUCCGGAUUUGGGUAUUGAUGAGAAGUACCAGAGAAUUUUGCAGAACUUUGGCCGGGACAUCGAGAUGGUGUCCAGGAUAUACACCAAGCAGAAGGCCGAGCCACCCAUCGCUCGGGACCUUCCGCCUGUGGCAGGCCGCAUCAUGUGGGCCCGGCAGCUGUUUCGCCGGCUCCAGCAGCCCAUGGAUCUCUUCCAGCAGCAGCCUGGGGUUCUGUCCACACCUGAAGCCAAGCGCAUCAUUCGCAACUACAACAGGGUGGCCACGGUUCUGCUGGAGUAUGAGGUGCUGUACCACCGCGGCUGGCUCAAACAGAUCGAGAUAGCAAAGGCGGGCCUGCAGGCUUCUCUGCUAGUCAAGUCCCCAGAGACUGGGGAGCUGUUUGUGAACUUCGACCCCCAGAUCCUGACCCAGAUCAGGGAAACAGACUGCAUGACCCGGAUGGGACUGGAGACACCUCCCUUCGCCUCCAUCCUACAGCAAAAACAGGACGCCCUAAAGAAGAACUACAACAAACUGCAGCUUGUCCUCACAGAGAACUCCAGAGUCCGGGCAAAGAUUCAGCCUGCCUUCCUGCAGCUGGCCACACCCCACCUUGCCAAAGUGGAUGAGGCCAUCCUGCCAGGUCUGACUUCCAUCAACUGGACAUCCAUGAACAUUGAGAAGUACCUCAGCCGCAUAAUAACUGCUCUUGCGGACCUGGAGCUGCUCAUGGACAGAGUGAAUGACCUGGCCGAGUUCCGCAUCGAUGUCGUCUUGCAGGAGAUGAGCAGCGCCACUCUCUGCAUGCUUCCCGAGGAGGAACCAGUCACCUGUGAAGAGUUUGUCCAGACUACCAGGGACCUCUGCAUUAAGGCAGCUCAGAGUUUACACACAAAAAGCUCAUUGGUGGAGGAAGCAGCCAAUGAGCUGAUCAACACGCUGCUGGAGUUUGAACAGCAGAGGGUUGGAGAGGAGAAGUUCGUUGAGCACAGUAGAGCUGAGAGUGGAGUAACCCAGGAGGAGAGCGAGGGUGAAGAAGAGGGCAGGUCAGAGGGGAGACUUCUGUCCAGAAACACCACGGCAGCCAGCACAGGACCCUCCUCACCCCUGAUAAAAAGGAGAAAAAAGAGAGAUAUGAUGGAGGUGAUGGAGGAAGAGGCCCAAGAGCUGCUCUCACACUUCAACCAUCGCAAUGUGGAUGCCCUGCUGCGCCUCACGCGUAACACCCUGGAGGCCCUGCGCAAGCGCAUCCACGCCUCCUCUCUGAUGCACUUCCUGGCUGAGAGCGACUCUCCUAGCAGACAGAAAGGCAGCGGUCAGCAGCCCAUCUUCCGAGCUGACGUCUGCCUGUCCAUCCCCAACAUCGUGAUGGUGCCUGCGCUAGACGAAGUCCAGCAGGCUCUGAACCGUGCUGUGGAAUGUGUGGUCAGUGUCAGCAAGGGCGUCGGCCAGUGGAGUAAGGAGAGGAUCUCCAAGGGGAAGAUGAGUGAAAGGCGGGUGGCUGCCUUGAGGCAGGACAGCAGAGACAGUGACUCUGAUGAAGGGGAGACCUACAGGAGUUUGGCUGCCUCUGUGAACCAGGCCAUCCCCUUCCAGGCCAAGAACUACUACAAGAGUGUCUCAGAGAAUAAGGAGAUAGUCAAGCUGGUGUCAGUGCUGAGUACCUCAAUCAAUUCCACUAAGAAGGAUGUAAUGAACACUCUGGAUCGAUUCAGUCGCUAUCACCACAUCUGGAGGAGGGACAGAGACGCCACCAUUCAGGAGUUCAGUCAGGGCAAUCCGCUGCUCUCUGAGUUUGAGUCUCAGAUUUUGUACUACAGAGACCUAGAGCUCGAGAUCAACGCUGAACCUGAGUUCAUCACUGUGGGAGCCCUGGCCCUCUAUACAGCUGACCUGAAAAUGGCUCUCACCACUGAGACCAAGGGCUGGAUGGUAGACUACGGUCACCACUGCAACAGGAAGUACAGGACUGAGAUGGAGCACAUUUUCAACUUUGUGGAGGAGGCUGGCAAGAAACUGAACCGUCAAAUCAAGGACCUGGAUGACAUCCGUAUUGCUAUGGCAUCACUGAAAGAAAUCAGAGAGCAGCAGAUCACCAUUGACUUCCAAGUGGGCCCAAUAGAGGAGUCCUAUGCCAUGCUGCACAAAUACGAGCUUUCUGUGGCCAAGGAGGAAGCAGAGAGGGUGGACACGCUGCGCUACACCUGGGAGAAACUGCUGGCCCGGAGCACGGAGGUGCAGAACGAGCUGGUCUCCCUGCAGCCUAACUUCAGGGGCGAGCUGAUCAGCAAUGUGCAGACCUUUGUAGAGGACUGCGGCCACUUCUACCAGGACUAUGAGAAGGAUGGUCCUAUGGUUGUUGGUUUGGCCCCGCAGGAUGCCAGCGAUAGGCUCAUUAUGUUCCAGAAUCGCUUUGACAACCUUUACCGCAAAUACAUCACCUACACCGGAGGCGAAGAGCUGUUUGGCCUGCCCGUUACCCAACAUCCUCAGCUGCUGGAGAUCAGGAAGCAGCUGGCCCUCCUGCAGAAGCUCUAUGGCCUCUACAACAACGUCAUUGACACUGUCAAUGGUUACUAUGACAUUCUGUGGGCUGACAUCCACAUCGAGAGGAUCAAUAACGAGCUGCUGGACUUCCAGACACGGUGCCGAAAGCUCCCUCGUGCCCUGAAAGAGUGGCAAGCCUUUCUGGACCUGAAGAAAACGAUUGAUGAGUUCAGCGAGUGCUGCCCCCUGCUGGAGCUGAUGACGAACAAAGCCAUGAUGACGCGUCACUGGAAAAGGAUCACAGAGGUGACGGGGCACAGUUUUGAAGUGGAGACGGAUACUUUCAAGCUCCGAAACAUCAUGGAAGCACCGCUUCUGAAAUGCAAAGAAGAAAUUGAGGAUAUCUGCAUAAGUGCAGUGAAAGAGCGGGACAUUGAGCAGAAGCUGAAACAGGUGAUUGCAGAGUGGGACAAUAAGACCUUCACCUUUGCGAACUUCAAGACGCGUGGAGAGCUGCUGCUGCGUGGGGACAGCACCUCUGAGGUCAUCGCCAGCAUGGAGGACAGCCUGAUGGUCCUGGGCUCUCUCAUGAGUAACAGAUACAACACUCCAUUUAAGGCACAGAUCCAGAAAUGGGUUCAGAACCUCUCUAACACCACAGACAUCAUUGAAAACUGGAUGACUGUUCAGAACCUCUGGAUUUACUUGGAGGCAGUCUUUGUGGGUGGAGACAUAGCCAAACAGCUGCCAAAGGAGGCGAAGAGGUUCUCCAAUAUCGACAAGUCAUGGGUGAAGAUAAUGACCCGUGCCCAUGAGAUGCCCAACGUGGUGCAGUGCUGCGUGGGAGAUGAGACGAUGGGCCAGCUCCUGCCUCACCUGCUGGAACAGCUGGAGAUCUGCCAGAAGUCUCUCACCGGGUAUCUGGAGAAGAAGCGGCUUCUCUUUCCUCGCUUCUUCUUUGUGUCGGACCCGGCCCUGCUGGAGAUCCUGGGCCAGGCAUCAGAUUCCCACACCAUCCAAGCUCACCUGCUCAACAUCUUCGACAACAUAAAGUCUGUCCGCUUCCAUGAUAAGAUGUACGACCGGAUUCUGGCCAUCUCGUCCCGGGAGGGGGAGACAAUAGAGCUGGAGCGGCCGGUCACGGCGGAGGGGAACGUGGAGGUCUGGCUGAAUGCCCUGCUGAAGGAGUCCCGCCGCUCCUUGCACCUGGUCAUCCGCCAAGCUGCCCUCGCCAUCCAAGACUCUGCCUUCCAGCUUAUAGACUUCCUGGACUCCUUCCCUGCCCAGGUUGGUCUGCUGGGAAUACAGAUGAUCUGGACCAGAGAUUCUGAGGAAGCUCUUACCAAUGCACGGUAUGACCGUAAAAUAAUGUCCAAGACCAACCAGAGCUUCCUUGAGCUCCUGAACACGCUGAUCGACAUGACCACAAAGGACCUAGGUCCUGUGGAGCGGACCAAGUACGAGACGCUCAUCACCAUACACGUUCAUCAGAGGGACAUCUUUGAUGACCUGUGCCGACUCCACAUCAAAAGCCCAACAGACUUCGAGUGGCUGAAGCAGUGCCGAUUCUACUUUAAUGAGGACUCUGACAAAAUGCUCAUCAACAUCACAGACGUGGGUUUUGUCUACCAGAACGAAUUCCUGGGCUGCACAGACAGACUGGUCAUCACCCCACUGACGGACAGGUGCUACAUCACCCUGGCUCAGGCUUUGGGAAUGAGUAUGGGAGGAGCCCCAGCUGGCCCUGCGGGAACAGGCAAGACCGAGACCACCAAGGACAUGGGCCGUUGCCUGGGCAAAUAUGUGGUUGUCUUCAACUGCUCUGACCAGAUGGACUUCAGAGGACUGGGGAGGAUAUUUAAAGGUCUUGCACAGUCAGGCUCCUGGGGCUGCUUUGAUGAGUUUAACCGCAUCGAUCUCCCGGUGCUCUCGGUUGCCGCGCAGCAGAUUGCCAUCGUGCUGACCUGUAAGAAGGAGCGCCGGAAGAACUUCAUCUUCACCGACGGGGACAACGUGGACAUGAACCCAGAGUUUGGGAUCUUUCUGACAAUGAACCCAGGAUACGCGGGUCGCCAGGAACUUCCCGAGAACCUGAAGAUCAACUUUCGCUCAGUGGCCAUGAUGGUUCCGGACCGGCAGAUCAUCAUUCGAGUGAAGCUAGCCAGCUGUGGCUUCAUUGACAACAUUGAGCUGGCCAGGAAGUUCUUCACCCUCUACAAACUGUGUGAAGAGCAGCUGUCGAAGCAGGUGCAUUAUGAUUUUGGACUCCGGAACAUUCUCUCCGUCCUGCGUACGCUGGGUGCAGCUAAGAGAGCUAGCCCCAGUGACACUGAAUCCACCAUCGUCAUGAGAGUGCUGCGAGACAUGAACCUGUCCAAACUUAUUGAUGAGGAUGAGCCUCUGUUCCUGAGCUUGAUUGAGGACCUCUUCCCUGGGAUUCAGCUGGAUAAAGCAGGCUACCCUGAGCUGGAGGCAGCCAUCGACAAACAGGUUGCUGAGGCUGGGUUGAUCAGUCACCCUCCAUGGAAGCUGAAGGUUAUCCAGCUGUUUGAGACUCAGAGGGUUCGACAUGGCAUGAUGGCCCUGGGCCCGAGUGGGGCUGGCAAAACCACGUGCAUCCAUACCUUAAUGCGGGCCAUGACAGAUUGUGGUCAGCCCCACAGAGAAAUGCGCAUGAACCCCAAAGCCAUCACCGCACCCCAGAUGUUUGGCCGCCUGGAUGUGGCCACCAAUGACUGGACAGACGGCAUAUUCUCCACCUUGUGGAGGAAGACUCUGAGGGCCAAGAAAGGCGAGCACAUCUGGAUUGUGCUAGAUGGGCCAGUGGACGCUAUCUGGAUCGAGAACCUCAACUCAGUUCUAGAUGAUAACAGGACCCUGACUCUGGCUAAUGGUGACCGUAUCCCCAUGGCCCCUAACUGCAAGAUUGUCUUUGAGCCUCACAACAUUGAUAACGCCUCCCCUGCCACAGUGUCCCGCAAUGGUAUGGUCUUCAUGAGCUCCUCUGUGCUGAGCUGGAGCCCCAUCCUGGAGGGCUGGCUGAAGAAGCGCUCAGCAUGGGAAGGAGAGGUGCUGAGAGAGCUGUACUCCUCCUCCUUUCCCGAGCUUUACCGUUUCAGUCAGCAAUCCCUAGAGUACAAGAUGGAGAUGCUGGAGGCCUUUGUGAUCAUGCAGAGCAUCAACAUGCUGCAGGGCCUUAUUCCACCGAAGGAGCAGGGUGGGGAGGUAUCGCGGGAGCACAUGGAGCGCCUGUAUGUCUUUGCUCUUAUGUGGAGCAUCGGGGCCCUCCUGGAGCUGGAGGACCGCAAGAAGCUGGAGGGCUGGCUCCGUAACCAUGACAGCGUCCACCUGGACCUGCCCGACAUCUGCCCGGACAGCGAGGACACCAUGUUCGACUACCAUGUCACAGCAGACGGUCAGUGGGUUCACUGGAGCACACGUGUGGAGGAGUAUGUGUACCCGGCUGACAGCACACCGGAGUAUGGCUCCAUACUGGUGCCCAACGUGGACAAUGUCAGAACUGACUUCCUAAUCCAGACCAUCGCCAAACAGGGCAAGGCCGUGUUAUUAAUUGGAGAGCAGGGCACGGCUAAGACUGUCAUUAUCAAGGGAUUCAUGGGGAAGUACGACCCAGAGUCUCACAUGGCCAAGAGCCUGAACUUCUCUUCUGCCACCACCCCUCUCAUGUUCCAGCGUACUGUCGAGAGCUACGUAGACAAGAGAAUGGGUACGACCUAUGGGCCACCCGCGGGGAAGAAGAUGUCCAUAUUUGUGGAUGACAUCAACAUGCCCGUCAUCAACGAGUGGGGAGACCAGGUCACCAAUGAGAUUGUACGGCAGCUGAUGGAACAGAAUGGAUUCUUCAACCUGGAGAAACCGGGCGAGUUCACCAACAUUGUGGAUGUCCAGUUUCUGGCAGCCAUGAUACACCCCGGGGGCGGACGCAAUGACAUCCCCCAGAGGCUGAAGAGGCAGUUCUCCGUCUUCAACUGCACCCUGCCCUCCAAUGCCUCCAUCGACAAGAUAUUCGGGGUGAUUGGGACUGGCCACUACUGCUCUCGCCGUGGCUUCUCGGAGGAAGUGCGCAACACGGUGGCCAAGCUGGUGCCGCUGACCCGCCGGCUGUGGCAGAUGACCAAGGUCAAGAUGCUUCCCACGCCAGCGAAGUUCCACUACAUCUUCAACCUGAGGGACCUGUCCAGGAUCUGGCAAGGCAUGCUGAACACCACCGCAGAGGUGCUCAGCUCCCAAGAUGUGGUCCUCCAGCUGUGGAAACAUGAGUGUAAGAGGGUGAUCGCUGACCGCUUCACCAUUCCUGAGGAUGUGGCCUGGUUUGACCAGGCACUGGCCAAGCUUGUGGAGGAGGAGCUGGGUGAAGAGUACAGGGCUGUAGUGGAUUUUGGAGUGGACAGUUACUUUGUGGACUUCCUGAGGGACGCGCCUGAGGCUACAGGUGAGGAGCCGGAGGAUGCCGAUUUUGACAUGCCCAAGGUGUAUGAGCCCAUUGAGUCAUUUGAGAGCCUGAUGGACAGGCUAAACAUGUUCCUUUCCCACUACAACGAGAGCAUCAGAGGGGCGGGUAUGGACAUGGUGUUCUUCAAGGAUGCCAUGAUACACCUGGUGAAGGUGUCCCGAAUAAUCCGGACCCCUCGAGGAAACGCUCUCCUCGUUGGAGUGGGAGGUUCAGGUAAACAGAGCCUGACGAGAUUGGCUUCGUUCAUCGCUGGCUACAAAACUUUCCAGAUCACCUUAACACGCUCCUACAACACAGCUAACCUGAUGGAUGAUCUGAAAGGGCUGUACAGAACAGCGGGGCAACAGGGCAAAGGCAUCAGCUUCAUCUUCACGGAUAAUGAGAUCAAGGACGAGUCCUUUUUGGAGUACAUGAAUAACGUGUUAUCAUCAGGAGAGGUGUCAAACUUGUUCGCCCGUGAUGAAAUGGAUGAAAUUAUCAGUGACCUCAUACCUGUCAUGAAACGGGAGUUUCCCCGGCGACCGCCGACCAACGAGAAUCUGCACGAGUACUUCAUGACCCGAGUCCGUCAGAACCUGCACGUGGUUCUGUGUUUCUCUCCCGUGGGGGAGAAGUUCCGGAAUCGAGCCCUUAAGUUCCCAGCCCUGAUCUCUGGCUGCACCAUGGACUGGUUCAGCCGCUGGCCGAAAGACGCUCUCAUCGCAGUGUCAGAGCACUUCCUGUCGUCCUAUGACAUUGAGUGCUCGGCUGAGGUGAAGGCGGAGGUGGUGCAGUGCAUGGGCUCCUUCCAGGACGGAGUGGCAGAGAAAUGUGGGGACUACUUCCAGCGGUAUCGCCGCUCCACCCACGUCACACCCAAAUCUUACCUGUCCUUCAUCCAAGGCUACAAAACUAUCUACAGGGAGAAGCGGUCCGAGGUGCAAACCCUUGCUAACAGGAUGAACACUGGCCUGCAGAAGCUGAAGGAGGCCUCAGAGUCAGUGGCAGCUCUUAGUAAGGAGCUGGAAGUGAAGGAGAAGGAGCUGCAGGUCGCCAACGAGAAGGCUGACAUGGUACUGAAGGAGGUGACAGUUAAGGCACAGGCAGCAGAGAGAGUGAAGGUGGAGGUGCAGAAGGUGAAGGACAAAGCCCAAGCCAUCGUGGACAGCAUCUCUGCAGACAAAGCCAUCGCUGAGGAGAAGCUGGAGGCGGCCCGCCCUGCCCUGGAGGAGGCAGAGGCUGCUCUACAGACGAUCAAGCCAUCAGACAUCGCCACGGUGCGCACGCUGGGGCGGCCCCCGCACCUGAUCAUGCGCAUCAUGGACUGCGUGCUGCUGCUGUUCCAGCGCAGGGUCAACACGGUGAAAAUUGACCCUGAGAAAAACUGCACCGCCCCCUCCUGGCAGGAGUCCCUCAAACUCAUGACAGCAGGAAACUUCCUGGGUAGUCUACAGCAAUUCCCUAAAGACACCAUCAAUGAGGAAGUGGUGGAGCUUCUCUGUCCUUACUUCGAAAUGGCUGACUACAACAUAGACACGGCCAGGCGUGUGUGCGGUAACGUAGCUGGCCUUUGCUCUUGGACCAAAGCCAUGGCCUCUUUCUACUCCAUCAACAAGGAGGUGCUCCCUCUGAAGGCUAAUUUGGCAGUGCAGGAGAACAGACUGGCCAUUGCAAACACUGACCUGCAGAAAGCGCAGGCGGAGCUGGAUGACAAGCAGGCCGAGCUGGAUGUGGUGCAGGCUGAGUAUGAGAGUGCCAUGAAGGAGAAGCAGGCCCUGCUUGAGGAUGCGGAGCGCUGUAGACACAAGAUGCAGACAGCGUCCAGCCUCAUCAGCGGCCUGGCAGGAGAGAAGGAGCGCUGGACAGAGCAGAGCAAGGAGUUUGCUGCACAGACCAAGCGGCUUGUCGGUGAUGUCCUGCUGGCCACAGCCUUCCUCUCCUACUCUGGCCCCUUCAACCAGGAGUUCCGUAACCUGCUGCUCUCAGACUGGCAGAGGGAGAUGAAGACGAGACGUAUUCCUUUCGGAAAUAACCUGAACCUGACGGAAAUGCUGAUUGAUGCCCCCACAGUAAGCGAGUGGACUUUACAGGGGCUGCCCAACGAUGACCUGUCCGUUCAGAACGGGGUCAUCGUCACAAAAGCAGCCCGAUUCCCCCUCCUCAUUGAUCCCCAGACGCAGGGCAAGAUCUGGAUAAAGAACAAGGAGGCCAAGAACGAGCUACAGAUCACCUCCUUGAAUCACAAGUACUUCAGGAACCAUCUGGAGGACAGUCUGUCUCUUGGGCGCCCCCUGCUGAUUGAAGAUGUGGGAGAGGAACUGGACCCAGCCCUGGACAAUGUGCUGGAGAAGAACUUCAUUAAGACUGGCUCCACAUACAAGGUGAAAGUCGGAGACAAGGAGGUGGACGUGAUGAAUGGGUUCCGUCUCUACGUGACAACGAAGCUCCCCAACCCAGCGUACACCCCCGAAAUCAGCGCCCGCACAUCAAUCAUCGAUUUUACCGUCACCAUGAGGGGCCUGGAGGAUCAGCUGCUGGGUAGAGUCAUUCUCACUGAAAAACAGGAGCUGGAGAAGGAGCGGACGGACCUCCUGGAGGACGUGACGUCCAACAAGCGAAAGAUGAAGGAGCUGGAGGACAACCUGCUGUUCCGGCUGAGCAGCACGCAGGGCUCUCUGGUAGAUGACGAGAGCCUGAUCGUGGUGCUGGGCAACACCAAGCGCACCGCCGAGGAGGUGACGCAGAAGCUGCAGAUUGCCGCGGAAACCGAGGUCCAGAUCAACGCCGCCCGCGAAGAGUAUCGGCCCGUGGCUACUAGGGGCAGCAUCCUGUAUUUCCUGAUCACGGAGAUGAGCAUGGUCAAUGUCAUGUACCAGACCUCACUGCGUCAGUUCCUGGGUCUGUUUGACCUCUCCUUGGCCAGGUCUUUAAAAAGCCCAAUUACCAGUAAGAGGAUAGCGAACAUUAUAGAGUACAUGACCUUUGAGGUGCAUAGGUAUGCUGCCCGGGGUCUAUAUGAGGAACACAAGUUCCUUUUCACUCUCCUUCUGACCCUGAAGAUUGACAUGCAGAGCAACCGCGUGAAACACGAUGAGUUUUUGACCCUCAUAAAAGGUGGCGCCUCUCUGGAUCUGAAGGCAUGUCCUCCUAAACCUGCCAAGUGGAUUCUGGACAUGACUUGGCUGAAUCUGGUGGAGCUCAGCAAACUGUGGCAGUUUUCUGACAUUCUGAAUCAGAUUGGCAGGAAUGAAAAGCAGUGGAAGAGCUGGUUUGAUAAAGAGGCUCCGGAGGAGGAGGUGAUACCCAGUGCCUAUGACCAGGGCCUGGACUGUUUCCGCCGCCUGCUCCUCAUCCGCUCCUGGUGCCCUGACAGGACCAUCGCCCAGGCCCGGAAAUACAUAAUGGACUCAAUGGGGGAAAGGUACGCAGAGGGUGUGGUUCUGGAUCUGGAGAAGACGUGGGAGGAGUCAGACCCCCGCACCCCCCUGAUCUGCUUCCUGUCCAUGGGCUCUGACCCCACGGACUCCAUCAUCGCCCUUGGAAAGAGGCAGAAGAUUGACACCCGCUAUGUGUCCAUGGGCCAAGGGCAGGAGGUCCAUGCCCGCAAGCUGUUGCAGCAGAGCAUGGCUAACGGAGGCUGGGCCCUGCUCCAGAACUGUCACUUGGGGCUGGACUUCCUGGAUGAGUUGAUGGAUACAAUCACAGAGACAGACACAGUGCAUGAGUCUUUCCGUCUGUGGAUGACCACCGAGGUCCACAAAAACUUCCCCAUCACUCUGCUGCAGAUGUCAAUCAAAUUCACUAAUGAGCCCCCCCAGGGACUGAAGGCUGGACUGAAGAGAACUUACGGAGGCAUUAACCAAGACCUCCUGGAUGUCAGCAACAUGGUUCAGUGGAGGCCAAUGCUGUAUGCUGUGGCCUUCCUGCACUCCACUGUUCAGGAGAGGCGAAAGUACGGCCCCCUGGGCUGGAACAUCCCGUAUGAGUUCAACCAGGCUGACUUCAAUGCCACAGUUCAGUUUGUGCAGAACCACCUAGACGACAUGGACAUCAAGAAGGGUGUGUCAUGGUACACGGUGCGCUACAUGAUUGGGGAGAUUCAGUAUGGGGGGAGAGUGACAGACGACUACGACAAACGUCUGCUGAACACGUUCGCCAAGGUCUGGUUCAGUGAAAACAUGUUUGGACCAGACUUCUUCUUCUACAAGGGCUACAGCAUACCCAAGUGCACCAAUGUGGACCAGUACCUACAGUACAUUCAGGGUCUACCUGCUUAUGACACCCCAGAGGUGUUUGGCCUGCACCCCAAUGCUGACAUCACCUACCAGAGCAAGCUGGCUAAAGAUGUGCUGGACACCAUCCUAAGCAUACAGCCCAAAGACAGCUCCAGCGGAGGAGGGGAGACCCGUGAGGCCAUUGUGGGUCGGCUGGCGGACGACAUGCUGGAAAAACUUCCACCAGACUACGUUCCAUUUGAAGUGAGGGAGCGGCUGCGGAAGAUGGGCCCACUGCAGCCCAUGAACAUCUUCCUGCGGCAGGAGAUCGACAGGAUGCAGCGGGUGAUUGUGCUGGUGCGGAACACCCUGACCGACCUGAAGCUGGCCAUCGACGGCACCAUCAUCAUGAGCGAGAGCCUGAGGGAUGCGCUGGACUGCAUGUACGACGCCCGCAUCCCCGCGCGCUGGAAGAGGGCGUCCUGGGCCUCCAGCACACUGGGGUUCUGGUUCACGGAGCUGCUGGAGAGGAACCGCCAGUUCCAGGCCUGGAUUUCUGAGGGACGACCCCACUGCUUCUGGAUGACGGGGUUCUUCAAUCCUCAGGGCUUCCUGACAGCUAUGAGACAGGAAAUCACACGCGCCAAUAAGGGCUGGGCACUAGAUCGCAUGGUGCUGUGCAAUGAGGUGACUAAGUGGAUGAAGGAUGACAUCACCCAGCCCCCUGCGGAGGGCGUGUACGUGUACGGGCUGUACCUGGAAGGGGCCGGCUGGGACCGCAGAAACUGCAGGCUCAUCGACUCCAAGCCUAAAGUUCUGUUCGAGAUGAUGCCUGUCAUCAGGAUGUAUGCAGAGAACAACGGUAUCAAAGAUUCCCGGUUGUACUCUUGUCCCAUUUACAAGAAGCCUGUGAGAACGGACCUGAAUUACAUUGCUGCUGUUGACCUACGUACUGCGGCACCACCAGAACACUGGAUACUGAGAGGAGUGGCGCUGUUAUGUGAUGUUAAAUAGCAACUGACAGCACUGCAGGCAAUUACAACUACAGAAUACAA